CUCUAAAAGUCAGGUAAAUUUUCCAUAAAAAAUUAUUACUUUUUAAAAGUUAAGUUAUUGUUUCAUUUAAUUCUAUAUUACUAGUAUGUCAAUCUAAAAAGUACUAAUGAAUUGUUGUAUUUUAGAACUAAUUAAUAAUAAGUAAUAUGCCUGAGCUUUCUACUUGCUGUAUUGGUAAAGCAUUAAAUGAACAGUGCUAUCUAUCUAAAAAAAGUAAAUGCUACCAAGAACUGUCUACACUAAACCAAGAGCUUAUUUCUUUGAGAAGCAAAAUAAAUCCCAUAGAUUUUAUUUGUAGCUAUCACGAGAAAGUUUACUUGUCGAGGUAUGAGAAUGAACAUCGCAGGUAUUGUUGUAAUCCGUUGAACAAGCACGCAAAAAAAGUGAAAAAUUCUCUUAGAGUUAUCAGUCUAUAUACCUGGUCAAAAAAUUUGCACUAGUUGCAGAAAAGUUCUGAAUUGCAAACAUAAUACAAAAGAAAAUGAAGUCCAAGAAAAAGAAAUUUAUGUUGACAACCAUACAUUAAAAUAAGAUCUUAAUUCAAGUAUUGCAAGUUUUGAAUGCUCACCUCUCAAACUUGUUUUAAAAAAAGAUAGAGUUGCAUAUGGAAAGCGUAAAAUUGAUAGCGUAAGAGCUCAUACACAAAAGGCUGUUGCCAAUGUGCUAGGUUUAGAAAUAGCUGCACUUGGUGGAAUUGAAUCACCCUCAAAAAAAUGUUUGAAAAAAACAAACACAGAUUUGACAAUAUUAUGACUCAAAUUAAGUCAAAAUUUGAAAAAACAUUGUCAAAUUCUGAAAAAAUCACACUUCUUACACUCACUCCAGACAGUUGGUCAAUAGAAAAAACUCAGAAGUUUUUUUUUGACUUCAAAAAGAUCUGUAGUACAAGCUAGAAAAUUAAGGAAAAAAAGUGGAAUACUAUCAAAACCUUCUCAAAAAUUGGGUAGAAAACUAAGCGAAGAUGUAAUUACAGAUGUUGUUCAUUUCUAUGAAUGCGAUGAAUAUUCAAGGAAAAAAGAGUUUGUUUCAGUUAAAAUAGAUAGUAUAAAGCAACAUAUCCAAAAGUGACUUCUACUAGUCAAUAUGAAAGAGCUACAUAUUGAGUUUAAAAAGAAAUAUAAUUAUCUUAAAGUUGGAUUUUCAAAAUUUUGUGAGCUAAGGCCCAAGUGGUGCAUUCCUGUGGGUGGUGCUUCUGGUCUGCAUGCAGUUUGUGUUUGCCAGUACCAUCAAAAUGUAAAGCUCCUUGUGCAGAAAAUUCCUGGAAUUGCUGAUUACAAAAUUUUAUUGAAAUUAAUGGUUUGUAGCAUUGAAAAUAGAGAUUGUAUGCUGCAUAGCUGCGAUAAAUGUCCUGCUAAAAAGGUUUUGCUAGACUACAUUGACACUUUGUUUACAGAAAAUGAAAUUAGUGAAGUUAACUUUUAUCAAUGGCAAAAAUCAAAUUACCAAUGUACUUUAGUACCAGCAACUCUACCUUUAGAUGAAUUUAUUGAAAUGGUUUAUGAACAGUUAGAUUAUGAGAGCAUCAUUUUAUAUCCAAAAGUCAAGCCACCUACUACCAACAUUUGAAAACUAAUUUAAAAGAAAAUCAAGCUUUGGUUCUUCUUGACUUUGUAGAAACUAUAGUUUUCUAAAACAGGAUGCAGUGCAAGGUUUUCACUGGAAUAGCAGCCAAGCAACUGUGCACCCCUUUGUUGCGUAUUUUAAAAAAGAUGGAAAACUUGAUAGUCAAAGUUAUUGUGUUAUAUCAGAUCAUCUGAAACAUGGAACAGAUGCUGUUCAUUGCUUUAUUGGUAAUGUUAUUGAUAAACUUAAACAAUUACAAACAUUUGAACACAUUAUCUAUUUAAGUGAUGGAGCUGCAUCACAAUAUAAAAAUUACAAAAUUUUUAUCAACUUAUGCUACCAUAAACACGAUUUUGACAUGACUGCAGAGUGGCACUUUUUAGCAACAUUGCAUGGUAAAAGCCCUUGUGAUGGUGUUGGUGGAACAGUGAAACAUUUUGUUGCACGAGCCAGUCUACAAUCACUAAACGAUCCUAUUGACACACCAAGCAAAAUGUACAGCUGGUGUUUAACACGUCAAAAGAAUAUCUUCUAAGAAUAUCUAGAGUCUCAUUUGAUAUUAUUUGCACUAAUGUGGAUUUUUCUACUUGCAGAAUUUUUAUUAAUAAAAUUUCAAGUUACUCACCAGGAGAAUAUGUGGCCUGCGUUUACGGUGCUCAAUGGUAUUUAGGAAAUAUUCUUAGUAUUUCAGAAGAGUAUCAAGAUCUUAAUAUGAAAUUCAUGAAAAAGUCUUUAUGUAACAAGUUCACGUGGCCAUGCAGAGAUGAUCUUUGUUGGGUACCUCUGAUGCAUAUUUUAUGCAAAGUGCAAUCUCUUAAAGUCCAGUCAAACUGACUGGACUUUAAGAGAUUGCAGAUUUUAUAGUAUUGACUUAAAAGAAA